ACUACUUACUACUACAUAUGUACAACACUUCUGAAACAGAUCUCAACCUCAAAAAUGGCCUCUGCUCUAUUCUUCACUUGUCUCAUUACCUGUUCAGUGUUCUUGCUUACUAUUCCUUGUUAUGUUGCUAAUCAGAAAGUUACUCUCUCGCUUUACUAUGACUCUUUGAGCACAUCUUGUGCUACCUUCAUCGUCAAGAAUCUUGCUAAGAUUUUCGAUGAUGAUCUCAUCACCAUUCUCAAUCUCAGACUGGUUCCUUGGGGUGAUGCAUACGCCAACAAAUCGAACAACAGCACCGCUUUCUGUCAGCAUAGGCCAGAUGGGUGUAAGUUGAAUUUUCUGGAAGCAUGCGCUAUCGAUGUUAUGCAUGAUGUGAACAAGCACUUUGCUUUGAUUUACUGCAUAGAAUUUUUGGCCAUAGAGGGAAGGCACAAGGAGUGGGAAACUUGCUUCAGUUCAUUGGGACUGCCUAAGAAACCCACUUUGGAUUGCUACAACAGUUCAAAUGCAACAAAGCUUGAACAAAACUAUGGCAAUGAAACCAUGCACCUCAAUCCACCUCUAAAGUUUGUACCGUGGCUGGUUCUGAAUGAUCAACCUAUUGGAAAUGACUAUGAAAAUUUUGCUGGCUAUGUGUGCAAGGCUUACAAAGGUAACAUUGUGCCCGUGGCAUGUCAGUCUGUACAUUUGAAGCAGAAGACAGAAUAGACACACUCCACACAAGCAAUCAAAUCAACCAGAAUCAAGCCUCAAUCCAGGAUCAUUAAUCCAUCCAACAAAAGUCGAUAUCUUUACCAGCAAAUCAGAUUGCAUAUGAAGGUUUCCAUAGCAAAGAGAUGUGCAACUUGGGGAGAGGAGUUCUGCUUCUAGUUAUCAAGGUUAGAUUUCUCUAAAAUUUUGGACAAUACGUAAAAAUGGCAACGUCUUGAAAGCAGGCAGCAGCAGGCAGUGCGAGUAAAGGAAUAUGGUGCAGAAUCUCAGACACGAGAUUUCAUUUAGGUAAGGUGGGAUAGCAAAUUAAACUUGAUCAGCUAGUGGAAGCACCCGAGUGCAACAGAGUAUAACCAAGUACAGUCAGGUUUUCCAAUAAUAUUCGCACAAACCCUUGCUUAUAUAGCAUCAAGGAAAAGAAUUGCGUUACAAUUUGUUGGUUCUGAAUCCCUUUCACUAGAGACUGCCCAAACGACAACUAUACUUCUAGAUCCUUCCUAGCAGUAGCACAAACAUGAAGAUUGUGAAGAGUGAAACAAGAACUCGGCAGAUUGCAAUGAAUAAAUGGAACUCGGCGCUUUCAACUAUGAUUUGGGUUUUACAUGCUUCUUUUGCAAAUACACAUAUAGGCUAUAUAAAAAUAAAUAUAAGAUUAAGUAACAAAUAAAUAAACAAGGACAAUCUCAAUGAA